AUGGCCACCACCACCACCACCACCUCCUCCUCCUCAUCUCCCCCCUCCUCCACCCUCCACCUCCACACCUACUUCCGCUCCUCCUGCUCCGCCCGCCUCCGCAUCGCCCUCCGCCUCAAACGCCUCCCCCACACCACCACGCCCGUCCACCUCCUCCGCCGCGAACAGACGCUCCCAGCCUACAAGUCGCUCAACCCCUCCGGCACGGUCCCGACCCUCACCCACACCAUCGUCAACCACUCCCCGCCGACGGCCCAGCCGCCAAAAACGGUGACGAUAACGCAGUCGACCGCCGCGCUCGAAUACCUCGACGAGGCGUUCCCGGACGCGGGGCCGGCGCUGUUCAGCGGGGGUGAGGAGGGCGACGCCGAAAGUCGCGCGCACGUCCGCACGCUGGUGGCGAUGGUGGCGUGCGACACGCAGCCGUUGACGAACAGCGCGGCGAUCAAAGCGGUGGAGGGGCUGGGCGGGGAUGGGAGGGAGUGGGCGAGGGCGUGGACGGUGAGGGGGUUGGAUGCGGUGGAGGCGUAUUUGGGGAGGACGAUGGUGGGUGGGGAGGAGGGAGGGGCGAGGUGGUGCGUUGGGAGGGGGGUGAGCGCUGCGGAUGUGUGUUUGGUGCCUGCUGUGUGGGCGGCGCAGAGGUGGGAGUGUGAUUUGGAGAGGUGGCCGAGGAUCAUGAGCGUGUUCAGGCAUAUGGAGACGUUGGAGGAGGUCAAGGCGGCGCAUUGGAGGCGGCAGGAGGAUACACCGGAGGAGUUCAGGGAGGCUUGA